ACCCGUUUGAAACCACUACAGAGGCAGGGAUAUCAUCUUCAAGUUGGCGUUUUAAGGUCCAGCAUUGAAGAUGUCUUCCUCGAAGCGAAUGGUAACCUUGCUCUCCCCGGACAAGCAAACGUUUCAAGUUCCAUGGGAUGUGGCAAUGCGUAGCACUGUGAUCAAGCAGAUGCUUGAAGAUCUCCCUGAGCCAGAAGAGGGGGCCGAAGAUCAGACGGAUCCUGUUCCCCUCAUGGACAGGAGUUGCAGUGCGAAUGUCCUCGAGAAAGUGUUGGAAUACCUCAAGAAGCAUCAUGACUUUGACAAAUCAAAUGCUUCACAAGAAGAUAAGGAUGCUUGGGAUAAGAAAUACGUAGAAGUGGAAGAUGAAGUACUGUUCCACUUGAUUCUUGCAGCGAAUUUCCUCGAUAUCAAAGAUCUUCUCGAUCUUACUUGCAAGACGGUUGCGGAGUACAUCAAGCAGUGCAAGACCCCCGAGGAGAUCCGUCUUAGGUUUAACAUCCCCAACGACUUCACUCCAGAAGAGGAAGAGGAGGUCCGCAAAGAGAAUGCAUGGUGCGAGGAGGCACCCUCUUAAGGCUCAGAAACAGCAGGUUGCAGUGGGAAGCUUGGUAUGGAGGUCAGCCGGAGAAGUUGAUAUUCGGAGUAUCUGUAGUGUUGGAAGAAAACUUGAAAAUCGCAG